CCUCACUACUAUAGCACUUACUUAAAAUGCUUUGUUUAUACGUAUACCCUUAUUCGAACGCAUAGGUAUCGUAAGAUGGGGCAUUUCAAUUUUAGGAUUACACAAUCAUAUUUUACAGUUAAUAUUUCAGGUAGUCCCAUAUUUUAAGAAUUAAGAUACCUACUGAAGUAGAAAAAGAAUGUCUGUCCAGCGGAUUAUAAUGGUGCUCUGCGCCCUUUUUGGCUGUGCCAUAUCACAAGACGCCUGUUCAGUUAGCAAGGAUUUAGUAUUUGUAUUGGAUGUCUCAACAAGUCUUGGAUCAGGAAAUCAUAGAAAAGUUCUAGAUUUUGCUAUAGGAAUCGUGCGCAGUAUUAAAGUUGAUAAAUAUAACUACAGAGUGGGAGCAUUGAGUUUCAGUGACUCCGGGAUUGUGCAAUUUAAUCUUAAUAAGUAUUCCAAUAAACAUGAUGUAAUGAAAGGGAUUGAACGUAUCGUUUUCUCAGAAGGGAGUACAUUUAUGGUAGAAGCUUUGACAAUGAUGAAGAUGAUGUUUAACGAAUCUUUAGGGGACAGACCUGAAGCUCCAAAUAUAGCAAUAAUGUUUACGGACGGAUCCUCCAAAGAUGGCGCUCCUGACCAGGCGGCUCAAGCAGCCAAAGAUGCGGGGAUCUCAAUUUAUUGUAUCGGUUUAAACACUACUGAGCUGGAUAUGGAAGAUAUCAAGUCUAUUGCUAGUGUCCCAUCGAGUAAGUAUGCGUUCGUUGUUGAGGACUUCGAUGAGACUCUUACUAUGGUCUCAGCAAGCAUCAUUAAAGCAGAGGGUCCACAGCAGGGUUGUGACUCAGGACCACCAGUUAUAGUUUGUGAAGGGACAAAAGCUGAUGUUGUAUUUGCCAUUGAAGGAAGUAGCGAAGUCAGUGAGUUUAACUUCCGUCUAAUGUUAGAUUUUGUAAAAGAUACUUUAACGCAACUCAACGUGGGAGACAAUACAUUGAGGGUUGGAGUAAUCAUCUAUAGUAAUGGAGCUUCAGUCUACAUCCAACUUAAUGACUUUAAGACAUAUCAGGAUGUCGCUGAAGCGCUUGAUAAUAUCAGUCAACCCCUUGGAGGAAGAGAUACCUUUUCUGCACUCUCGGUGAUGGCAAAUGUCGCAUUCAUUGAAGCAAAUGGCGAUAGAAAGGACGCUCCAAAUUUAGGUAUCCUCAUUUCAACUGGAACUUCCGACUAUCCUCCUGAAACAAUUCGCCAAGCAGAAGUUGUGAAUCGCAAAGGAAUUGAAUUAUUUGUGGUCGCCAUUGGUGACACGAAUAACGAGGAAGAAGUUGCUGCUAUGGCUACCGACCCAGACGAUUUACAUAUCUAUAGGCCUAUUAACUUUGUUGAAUUGCAGUCACUUGGGCCUCAACCAUUCCGCGAGAUGAUAUGUUACCUCCCAGAUUGUCAGGGGAGAGAUGUGGAUUUAGUUUUUAUCUUAGACACAAGCGGAGACUUGAUUGAAGAGGAUUUCCAGUUAGCCAAGGGGUUCGUAUCGUCUUUAAUCGGACGUAUGCACAUCAGUGACACCUAUGCUAGAGUGGGACUCAUUUCUUUCGGAAACUAUUCUGUCGCUCAUCUUGAUUUGGACCGUCUCAAUACCAAAGCUGAUAUUUUAGCGGCUGUCGAUACUAUGAAACACAUUGGUGGUCCAAGAAAUACUGCAUAUGCAAUAAGCCAGAUGAGAGGUAUGUUCUCAUCGCUAAGAGGAGGAAGAGACAAUGCCCCACAAGUGACCAUACUUCUGACAACCACACCGUCAGCACAAUCUAGCGUUGUACAAGAAAUAGCUGAAGCUAAAUCAACUGGGAUAACCAUUAUGAUUGUGACUCCCGAGGGCCAAAAUAACACAGAGGAGCUACAGAUGUUGGCAAGUUCUCCCGAGUAUGUCUUCACCACCCAGAGUCCUCAGACAAUGUACAACUUAACCGGGGUUAUCGCCCAGGACACGUGCACAAUCAAGGCUUGUUUACACGCCAUCGAUCUUGUGUUUGUGUUGGACAACUCUGGAAGCAUAACAGAAACUAACUUUAACCAGAUGAUUGACUUUGUAGCAAGUCUGGUAAAUGAACUCUAUAUUGACGGCGGAACUGUGAGAGUCGCCCUUGCUACAUUUGGUCCGACUGCCUCUGUGAUAUUUAAACUGGACAGCUACUCAACCCGUCUAUCAUUGGUGAAUGCAUUCCAAUCUAUACUUCCAACAACAGAGGGAUCCACAAAUAUCGAAAACGCCCUUAACCUGCUCAUAAAUGAAGUGUUUGUUGCUAUCAAUGGUGACAGAGACGAUGUUCCCAAUGUAGCCAUAUUCAUAUCCGAUGCCCGAGCAACGGAGAACAAAAAUGGUACAAGGCCUGCUGCAGACCGUGUCAAAGCAGCUGGAAUUGAAAUUUUCUCCAUUGGUGUAGGGAAAGAGCUUCUAAGCAGUGAAAUUGAAUAUAUAGCGAGUGAGCCAAAAGGUACUCAUCUUGCCAUGAUUGAUGACUUCGAUGCACUUGGUAGCCUCGAAAAGGAACUAGUGGGUCAAGCCACGUGUGGUAAUCAGUGUGAUGGGAUGGCUGACAUAUGCUUCAUGGUGGAUACAUCUGGAAGCAUUGGCAUUGAAGAUUUUGCAAAAGUUCGACAGUUCAUAAAUGAUAUAAUAGAAGAGAUGACCAUUGAUGGUGCUACAAAGGCUCGUGUAAGCGUAGUGUCAUUCGGAGAUGAUGCCAGUGUUGUAUUUUAUUUGGACAAUUAUAUGGAUAAGAAAUCUCUCAUGAAAGCUGUAAAUCUGAUCCAAUAUCGUGGUGGAGCAACGAACACAGCUGCUGGCUUGGAACUAGCAAGAACUAUGGUAUUUCAACGGUCUAGAGGUGAUCGAGUAGAUGCUCCAAAUAUAGGCAUACUAUUCACAGAUGGUUUGGCCACCCGGAGGAUUGAAGACACCCCCUCGCAAUCAGUGGCCGCUAGACAUGCCGGUAUUGAACUAUUUGUAGUAGGCGCUGGACCGACAGUUGACCCCAAAGAGUUAAUAGGUAUUGCAAGUGAACCGAGUGAAUCACAUCUGUGGAUUGUUCCGUCUGGUAUUGCGGAUCUUGCAACAUUGAAGAUUGCAAAGAAUGUAUCAAGAGCCAUUUGUAAUGACGUGGAUGAUUGUACUUCCUCCACUUGUUCCAAUGGCGCUGUAUGUAGAGACCUACUCCAUGGAACAAGCUGUGAAUGUAACCGUGGAUAUUCCGGUGAGACAUGCUCCAGAAAGUGCACUGCCCAUACUGAUAUUGUCUUCGUAGUGGAUGUAUCAGGCAGUAUUGGAAAGAUUAAUUUCCAAAAAGUUCGAGAUUAUCUGAGAGCUAUUGUGAUAGACUUGAGCACUGGACCGAAUGCUAGUCGGGUAGGAGUUGUAACAUUUGGGUCAACUGCCCUGAUAGAGUUUCACCUGGAUAAAUAUGCUACAAAAUCUGAAGUCCUGGAAGCAAUAGAUGCCAUAGAGUACAGAGGAGGUUCAACUGACAUAGCAUCAGGACUACAACUGAUGAGACUAUCUAUGUUCAGCGCUGAUAGAGCACGGAAAUCAGAUGAGAAAGUCCGUAAAAUCGGAGUCAUCAUUAGCGAUGGAACGCCAACAAUCAAUCAACUCGAUGCCGUUCCACAAGCCAGACAAGCAAGAGUCGCUGACAUCCAUAUGUUUGCUGUAGGCUGUGGCAGUGAGAUAGGACUAGGCUUGCUUCGAGGUCUUGCAAGCGAUCCUGAUGACAAAAAUGUGAUGCGAGCUGACUCAGUUGAUAGCCUGUUAAAACAGGCUAGGGUUAAACUGGUCGACCCGAUUUGCAAUGAUGAAGAUGAAUGUGAAAGUACCCCAUGUGCUAACGAUGGGACAUGUGUAGAUAACAUUCUGGGCUAUGAAUGUCUAUGUUCACCCAUGUAUGCGGGAGUUAACUGUGAAAAGGUGUGUAAUAGGUCCAUCGACGUUGUGUUCUUGGUAGAUUCCUCUGGCAGUAUUGGAGAGGAUAACUUCUACACACAGCUUAUGUUCAUACAGGGUAUUGUUAAUGAACUCGAGUUCAACGGUAACACAAGGGUUGGCCUAGUGACGUUUGCUGAUCGAGCAGUAGCGCAUUUUAGAUUGGAUACAUACACAACGAAAAAUGAAAUUCUAAAUGCUAUCAGUUCUGUUCCCUAUAGUAAAGGAGCAACCAACACUGCAGAUGGCUUAAAGCUCAUGGGAACAACAUUUCUAACAUCUUCCCCACGCAGUGUAUCUAAAUAUGCAGUUCUACUAACUGAUGGUACACCAACUGUGCGUAAAGGGCAGGAAGGUGACGAGGCUCGAAAUGCUAAAUCUCGUAACAUUCGAAUCAUCUCAAUAGGAGUUGGGUCUAAUAUAGCCAGGAAAAAACUCGAUGAACUUUCGACUGAUCCUAAUAAAGAUGUUUUCAUGACAGCAGACUUCGCUGAGUUAGAUCAACUUAAAUUAAAACUUGGAUCUAAAUUGUGCAAUGAAGAGUGAACACGUCCUGUUCGUCUUGAUGAUAUCUGGCUAGAAAUACUUUAGACAUGUACAGUUGGUCUUGCUAUUUUAGUUCGAGUCAUUUCCAGAAUGAAUAAACCUCAGGAGAUAUCUUUUCAAUACAAAGACUUCUAAUAGCUGAGAAGAAAAGGAAUGUGAUAGUUUAUCAUACCCCAUGUUCAUCUUCUGAUAUACCUCAAAUACGCUUGCUAGACAUGCGUAACACAUGUAGACUUGGCGAGAUACAUAAAUAUUACGGGGUCAAACCUAGUAAAAACGACCAAUAAUCAAUUAUCGCAUUAGGACAUGGCCAUGAUGAUGGCAGUCACGAAAUAGAGCCAAAUCUAGUCAACAUGCGUAAUUGAAAACACGGUACUAAAACAGAUUGUCUCAAUUUCAGGAUUGUUGUUAGCCCAUUGGUGAUUAUAUUCAGGUUUACCUAAGAUUUUUACUAUAACUGUGAGUCUUAUGACAACCAUUGUUAUGGUCUAGACAAAUAUCGGAUGCUACAUUUAUUCUGAUGGUCUAGAAAUUACUUUUAAUAUGCGAGCAUGUAGAAACAGCAUUAGAUAUUAUGUUAAGUAAAAUAGAAGAGGAUAUGAGAAAUAGAGUACUUUAAUUAAGGAAUU